AUGAACCCCAAUCGGAGAAAUAUGAAACCAUAUGGAGAUCGAUCUAGCAGUAGCAACAACCAGUCUCUACAGGGCGGAUUUCUAUCAAACGAUCAGGACAUUAAGAGCUUUUUUCAGGGUCUCCUUGAUGACGAUUUGCUGGUUGAUGAUGAGGAAGAUGAUUUUGAUAUUGGUCAUGAAGAUAAUAGCUUUUUGACGUCUAUAUCCCAGGAUAUAUUAGAAUUCAGUAAGGGCGCCAAAUUUGCGUUGAUGAAAUCCAUUCGAUUUAAUCGGAAGUUACAACGGCUUAUUAUUGGCACCUUUAUUGGAUUAUUACUACUAGUUUAUUUCUGGUAUUAUGACUAUGAUUAUAAAGAAAUAACACUGAAUUUUGACUCAGUCUACACCAAACAUAAUACCGAAACUCAUGCUCUGGAUAAAAUCGCCAUCCCCAAUAUUGAAGAAAUGUAUCCAGAUGAAAAAUCAGUUGACAUUUUUGAUCCAAGAUUAGCACCUGCAGCUUUGUUACUGUACAUUGAAAAUAUCAUAAAGUCGAAAGAUAUGACGUUAAGCGAAGAGUUCAGCAUACCAUUCAGUUGGGGUGACUGGAUAAAUUUGGAAUUAAAGUUAGAUUAUGAUUAUUCGUUUCUUUCUGAUUGGCUGGCUGUUAAUUCUGAAGGAUUUCAGAAAAAUCUGAAUGACCUGGUGUCUUUGGAUUGUCAAACCUUUGCCCUAUUAUACGGAUGUGAAGGUAAUAAAGAUUUUUUUUCCAAUUGUGUUGAUAUAGAACCACAAUCAGACUAUCCCUUUCGCUUCCAAAUAACAGGGCCGACAACAGCAAAAAUCAAGGAACCAGGCAGGCUACUGUAUGCUGCCUCUUAUAUGAAGUUAUCGCAACCAGCUCCUAGUAAAAUUUUCUUGCUCAAUGUUUUUGGUUCUAAUGGUGAAGGCAGUUUGAUAGUGAAUAUCAAGCAAGACGAAAGUAUAUCGAAUGGUGAAAUUCUUAGAGAUAAAAAUAUUUUAAAAUAUUUGCUAGACAUUGAAAUAAAGGAAAAUCCUUCUUUUUUGAGUGAAAGUUGGACUGUUAGUGACAUAAGACAUAAAUUUUCACAAUUCUUGAAAAAAGCCAAGAUCGGCAAGAUGAUCUCAAAUAAAGAGCAUCGCACAAUUGACUAUGAUCAAACAUAUUUGGUAGUAAACGGAAAGGAAGCAAUGGAACUUGAUCAUUGGAAAGUUAAAGAUUUUAUAUGGGAUGAAGGAAAAUUUCUAAAUGAGUUACAGAAUAAAGCUCUCUCCGUUAAGGAAUCAAAUUAUGACACUGAAUUAUCAGAAAGAUUGGAGACUCUUGAAAAAUUUCGGUUGAGGACGGGCUUUCAUCCUAAGUAUCUUAGCGAGGCACAUUUGUACAACACAGGUCUUGGUUCCCAUUUUGAUUGGAGAUUUUUUUCUGGCAGCUAUAUUCUGAAUGAUUCACGUCAAUCUAUUAUCCAUAGGUUAGCCAGAACUUGGUUAAGGUUUUGCUUUGAGAAUGACCUUAAAACUUUUAUUGCUUAUGGUUCGAUGUUGGGAUGGAUUAGAAAUGGGUUGACGCUUCCAUGGGAUGGUGAUAUUGAUGUUAUUGUUACAAUGGAAUCGUUGAAUCUACUGGCUAGAAACUUUAACCAGACUUUAAUAAUAGAUUACAGUGAAAAGGAUCAAUUUCAAAGUGCAAUGACGGGCUAUCUUAUUGAUAUCAAUCCUGCCUACUAUAGUAGAAUUAAAGGCGAUGGAAACAAUGUUAUAGAUGGAAGGCUAAUCGAUAUUAGUACAGGUAUUUAUUUAGACAUCACUGCUCUUGCAUGGACAGACAAUUAUUUGAAGGAUGCGAAAAGCAAACAAGUACUUAAGAAGGUCGUUGAUCCUAAUUAUGAUAUUAAUCAACAUUUUGCUCUUGAAGGGGAGGUUUAUGGUAAGCAGUUGAUGGAAGAAAUCCAACAAUUGCAGAAUGAUAAACAAUUAGUACAUUGCAAAAAUGACAAUGUUUACAAGAUUGCAGAGUUAUCAACUAUGGUUCCUUCUUAUUUUGAGGGUGCAAGGGCGUACUUCCCACACUCCUAUGAAACUAUAAUACGGAGAUUAUACCCAAAGGCAUUAGAUAGAGAUACCGAACCAGAUCAUAUUUUCGAUAGGAAGUUCAACUUAUGGGUCAAUAUCUACGAUUGUCCAGAAUAUGCCAACGAAGAGGGAGUAUUUGCGGUAAAUGCACCAUUCGGCACAUGCAACAGUACAGUAGUUCAACGGGAGUAUAGAUUGACCCGAAAUUAUACCUCACAGCAUCAGCAAAUGAUUAGUGGCAAAGAGUGGGAGAGUUAUUCCCUAGGGGAAGAGACGGAAAGCAAACCCUUUCGAAUAGAUGAAUUUUUCAUUGAAUAUUCCAUGGCAUUAGGGCUUACACCAGAUGAACUUGAGGAGCUUUACAUAUAA